AUGAAUUGCAAUUAUUGUAAGAAAAAAGGGCACAUAAAGACUGAUUAUUUCAAGUUAAAAAAUAAGAAAAACAACAAAAUUGAUAAGAAUAAGCCUACUGAAGCCAGUAUGGUGGAAGAUAUUGUCAUUUCUAAUAUUCUUUCUAUUAUUGGAGCUAUACCCAGAUCCAAGCAAAAUUGGUACUUAGACACUACUGUAUCAUUUCAUAUGUGUGUCAACAAAGAGUGGUUCUCCACCUAUGAGUCCGUUAUUGAUAUUUUGUUGAUGGCUAAUGAUGAGUCUUGCGAGAUUCGAGGAAUUGAUACAGUUAAGCUCAAAAUGCAUGAUGGAGUAAUUAGGACAGUGACUGGAGUUCGACAUAUUCCAGACAUGAGGAAAAAUCUCAUCUCUUUAAGCAUACUAGCAAUGGGUAGUCGUACAUUCGUCGAAGAUGGAUAUUUUUGUGAAGGUCAUGAAGGGUGCUCUUACUAUGAUGAAAGGACCAAAGGGACUUCGAAUUAUAUCCAUUCAGAUUUUUGGGAGCCUGCUCGUAUUCCUUCUAAAGGUGGUGCUCGGUACAUGCUUACCUUCAUUGAUGACUACUCUAGAAAGUCACACUUCCCUCUCUCCGUAGGCACCUCUCUCCCCCCAUUCCCUUCCCAUAAUUUCCAGUCAACGCCUCUCUUCCCCCACUUCACUGGAGACCCUGCCGACGACGAUUCUCACCAUCGUCAUCACCACCACCGCCGUCCACACCACCCUCGCAACCUAACUGUCGACCCUUAUUUCCCUCUCUUCUCUUCCUCUGAUUCUCACUCCCCGCACGCCACUCUCCAUGACCCCUACUCACUCUCUGAUCACACCAAUUUCAAUAUUCGGACCCUUGACGACGAUGCCGUCUCGGAUCCCGAGUCAAUUAUCCUCGGAGGCCCGGAUAUCCUCGACCGUCAGAACCAGGUUAGUUUCGUUAUGGAUCUGUUUCAACAGCGAGUUGAGCAGUCUCAGAUCUUACACUUGAAAGGAGAUAGGAAGGACUUUGAUUUUGUGAAAUCCAGUCUCUCAGCUAAAGGCUUUGAUGUUGUCUAUGAUAUAAAUGGACGCGAAGCAGAUGAAGUUGCACCUAUAUUGGAUGCUCUACCAAAACUAGAACAGUACAUAUACUGUUCUUCAGCUGGAGUUUACCUCAAAUCUGAUCUUUUACCACACUGUGAGACAGAUGUCGUUGAUCCAAAGAGUAGGCACAAGGGAAAGCUUGAGAUAGAGAGCUUACUAGAAUCAAGAGAUGUUAACUGGACUUCUAUAAGGCCAGUCUACAUAUAUGGGCCAUUAAACUACAAUCCUGUUGAAGAGUGGUUCUUUCACCGCCUGAAAGCAGGUCGCCCAAUUCCAAUUCCAAUUCCCAACUCAGGAAUUCAAAUUACCCAACUUGGUCAUGUGAAGGCUGCUGGUUUUCCAGAACCUGAGAUCAUUCACUAUAAUCCCAAGGAAUUUGACUUUGGUAAAAAGAAGGCAUUCCCAUUCCGCGACCAGCAUUUCUUUGCAUCUGUUGACAAGGCGAAACAUGUUCUUGGAUGGAAACCUGAAUUUGACCUGGUAGAAGGCCUUGCAGAUUCUUACAAUCUAGACUUUGGUAAAGGAACAUACAGGAAAGAGGCUGAUUUCUCCACUGAUGACUUGAUUCUUAGUAAGAGUCUUGUUCUCCAGGCCUAGAUCUUUAGAUUUUGUCUCACUGUUUCUCUCUUCCUCUCUUUUUUUUUUUCCCCAUUUCCAUUCAAGUGUAGUAAUAAGUUAACAAAUACCAAACAAUCACCAAUUCAAUAGAAAUAUCUGGAAUCCAGAUGUUUUGCACAGGCUGUUGUAAAAAGAGUUUGCAUAUUUGAUCAAGUCUGGAAUUGUGCUCGAUUCAAUUUGAA